AUGCCGAGUGGUCAAACAUCGAGUCAAACACAUGGAAUCAAUGAUGUCAUCAUCAAAGUAGCAAACAGCAUAUAUGAUGAUGGUGAUAUAACGAGAUUUGGUCUCGCGCUUGGGAUCCAGACUCCUGUUAUCAACCAGGCAGUACAGAUGAAUUGGGCUGGAGAUAGAAAGACCAGUCAUGGUAGUGUGAUAAUGCUUCAGAACUGGGCAGCGACCGUCGAAUCGUCUAAGCUAAUCCACACUCUCAGAACAGCUCUCAAAAAGGCUAGCUUAUUAGAGGUGGAAGAGACAUGUUUCACAAGCAGCUCCAGAGAUGAUACUGGUAAUAACGAGGGAAAUGAUGACCAGCUGACAUCUCUCAAACAAGACUCGGGGAGUAAUCAGGAUGAUAUUACCUUCGGCGGUCUUUCGACACCGCCAGAGAUCCUCGCUCGGGGGCCGAGUGCACAGCGAGCGUAUGCCGAAGCAGCUAAAGCUGGCACAAAGAAAGUAUACCGAACACGCCUGAUGCUUGUGGGACAAGAACGUGUUGGAAAGACAAGUCUAAAGAAAAUUCUUACGGGACAAGGAUUUGAUAGAAAUGAGGCAAUAACAGACGGUGUAGAAACAGCAAACACAUGUGAAAUUAGCAUAGAGGAUGCAAAGACUGGUGAAAAAAUGUGGUCAAUUCUCCAAAAAAGAAAACAUGGGAAUGAAGAUAAAAAAGAUGAUGAAUACAGUAAAGCUCUUGCGGAUGUAAUGACAAAGAAGCUGAAGAUGAUCCCACCGCAGGAUCAAGAAAGUUCAGAACCACCCAGGGAUACUACUCUUAGCAGAGGCCCGAAUGCUAAAGAAGCAGGGGAUGAAACAGCAAAGAGACUGACCAUGACCCCACCAAAGGAUCAAGAAAGUUUAGGAACACUCAGCGAUUCUUCUCUCGGCAGAGUCCUGAAUCCUGACGCAGCAGAAGAAUUUGUUUCUGGUAAUGUGGAGACGCCCAAUGCUAGAGAGGAGGAUGGCGGAGUGCCACAUCAUCUAGCAAGUCUGGUGGAGAAAAAUCUUAAAGAACAGGAGAUGGGAACAGACAGUACAGAAAGCGGUAGAGGAGAAGCGGUCUCACUAAGAAUAUGGGACUUUGCUGGACAUGACGUAUACUACACAACCCAUCAGGUGUUUCUGACAUGGCGAGCCAUUUAUGUGAUUGUCUUUGAUCUCAGUAGAAGUUUGGUUUCUGACGUUCCCCUUGAAUCCAAAGAAAAGUCUGAAGGAGAUGCAAAAUCAAAACUGACAUGUCUAGAGUUCAUCAAUUUCUGGUUGUGUUCCAUCUACGCCCAUGCUGUGGCACCCUUGUCUAAAAACUCUGAGGAAUCUCCACCGAUAUUCAUCGUUGGAACGCAUCGAGAAAGUGUGAAAGGAGAUGCAGAAGAGAAAAGGAAAAAGAUUGCCUCUGCCUUUGACAAGAUCCGUGAAUCUAUCAAGAAGAAGCCGUUUGAAUGCCAAGUAGUCCCCAAGUAUUAUGCCAUUGAAAACAGCUUCGAGGACAAAGAUGAAGAGAUAGGCGAAUUGAGGAAAGAUAUUGUUGAAGAAGCGAUAAAAGAGCCUUACAUGGGAGAAGAGAUUCCAAUCAGAUGGCUCAAAUUUGAGGAAGCUCUAGCUGCAGAUAAAAAGAAUCACUUGUCAUUCGAUGAGACCAAGGUACUAACGCAGCCAAUGGGGAUUGAACCUGAGCGUGAACUUCUCACGAUGCUGACCUUCUACCACGACCUGGGUUAUGUAGUCUACUAUGGAGGCAUUGAAGACCAGCAGUCUCUCCUACGAGACAUGGUGAUCCUGAAUCCUCAGUGGCUAAUUGAUGUCUUCAAGCAGGUCAUAACCAUCAAGGAUCCUGCAAAGAGGGUUGCUGCAGUAAGCUACAGCAGGAUAGACAUGAACAAUUCUCCCUAUAGUCCACUUGUCCCUGACCGCGUUAUGGUCAGCUACCAUGUCCACGUCAUCAACUCGUACAUUUCGUUUCUCUGUGUUCCAUUUACGUCGUGGGACUGA